AUGCCUCCAGGAGUGCCGAAAAGCGGUAGUGGGGAUGGUACAGCCGGUAACGGAGCCGGAGCCAGCAGCAAUGGCGAGACUCCUCGCCGGUUACAGUCGCUGAGCCAGAGAUCCGGAGCAGGACUUGCCAGGGGAGGUGGGGCUACUGGCGCAAGAGCUCGAUUUGCCCCAAAAGCAGUAGCCAGAAGAACCAAAGAAGAACGAGAUUCUACGGCACCACAGGAGAAGAUAGAAGUCAAGCCGGCUGUAUCCACUAGCAGCAGUUCGAGAGGAGGAGGAAGAGGAGGUGCUGGGCCCGGUGGACGAGGAGGUAUCAGUGGACGAGGAAGAGGCCGUGGUCGGUUUGAACCAGUGGUAUCAGCAGCAGUGGGUCCUUUAGCAGCUCCAAGUGGAGUUGAUCCACGAGGAUCGAGAUUCUCAUCACCUGCUGUAGGAAUUGGAGCAUAUGGCGGAGGCAGUGGUGGAUCGAGGCCGUCGGCAUUUGGAUCCGAACUGGCAUCAAUGGUAGCACGAGUGAAAUCAGAAACUCCAGGAGUCAGUAGUGGAUACAGUUCACGAGCGUCGUCAGUUGAAGUCGAGGAAGAUCGAAUUGAUAUGACAGAGAAUUCAUAUGUCGAUGGGGCAUUAUCAGAAUAUUUCCCAGUAAGAUUAGACAGACGACGAGAAGACGAUGAAGACGAGGAAGAAGAAGAAGAUGAUGAGGACGAAGAAAACGAACAAACAGGGUCUGGAUCUAUUAAGCAUGAAGAUGAGGUUGAUAGUGAAGGUAAUUUUCAACCCAAAGUGAAAUCAGAACCGACUGACGAUUAUACAGAAGCAGCUAAACUGCUGGCGGCCAAAAAGAACAAGAAAAAGAGUUCUAACUCCGACAACAAAGCCAAGCGGUCUGAAGCAGCUAUUUUCCAAGAAGAACAGCUCAGAGAACUGCGACGAAUGACCCACGACCAUAAAGUGAUUGCCAAGGAGUUUAAUAUGGACGGCAAGCAGAAAUCCACCAGUCCUACAGGCGAAGAUUCCGAGUUAGACGGACUUGAAGAGAUCGAAAAGAGAUUGUACUUUUUCCAAUUCCCUAUUGUCAUGCCUCAACUGAUUCCACGAGAAACCCACGACAACAGGCCCAACGAGAAAACAGAGCCUUCUCCUGAAGAAGAAGAGGAUGACGAUCUGAUUGUGGUUGACGAGAAACUCAAAACCCCACCAUCAACCGCGACGACAACGACAGCAUCCAUGAAACCCUCUGUUGAACCUGAAACGGCGAACAGUUCCUCGUCCGUGAUCGAGGGCGACCUUCCUGAGGGAUUAAUAGGCAAACUGCGGUUACACCGGUCGGGAAAACUGACUAUGGUCGUGGGCAACAUCACCAUGGACGUCUCGCAGGGCACCGAGUGCAGCUUUCUACAGGACGUGGUAGUCAUGGACCCGGACGACAAAAAUGCAUAUUUAAUUGGCCAAGUCUCGAAGAAAAUGGUCCUUUCUCCCGAGCUUGACGACGAGUCUCUUUUAUAA